AUGUUUUCAAGGCACCGUUCCUCAAAAUCUGGCUAUCAGAUGAUGCAAGUAAUGAGGUUUGCUGUUGAGGAGAUUAACAACUCCACCACUCUUCUGCCCAGUGUUUCUUUGGGCUAUGAAAUUUUUGACCAUUGUUCUGAUGCAAAUAAUUUCCCUUCAGUCUUAAGUUUUAUCUCAAAUAAUGGAUCAAUAAAACCUAAAGAAAAACUCAACAACUAUCAGCCUAAAGUGAUUGCUUUAACAGGGCCAUAUGGAAGCACACCAACUAUUACUAUUGCACCACUGAUCACAAUGGACCUUAUACCAUUGGUGAAUUAUGGAGCUUCUAGCUAUGUGUUAAGCAACAAACUAAAGUAUCCCUCUUUUGUAAGAACAAUUCCUUGCAACAAAAACCUAAUAGAGAUGAUUAUUCACAUCAUACAGUGGUUUGGAUGGAACUGGGUUGCCUUUCUUGGUAGCCAAGAUGAUUACAGUUCAGACGGACUAAAGCUGUUUAACGAGUAUAUAAGCAAUACUGGCAUUUGUUUGGCCUAUCAAGAGAGUCUAAGCCUAAACGCAAACUACAGUCUAACACUUCAAAAGAUUGAUAUGCUCAAGAUCAAUGUCAUUGUUGUUUUUGCUCUGCCACAAUAUGCAAGCAAAAUUAUCAAAGCAGCCAUAGCAAACAACAUCCAAGACAAAGUAUGGAUUGCAAGUCAGUCAUGGGCGAUGGAUCAACAGCUUCCCAGAGAGCCAGGAAUUGGGAAAAUUGGCACAGUCAUUGGUAUUACAGAGAGAUUGUUGUCAGAGCCUGGAUUUAAUGAAUUCGUCUAUAAAGACAGGAGAACAACUGAUGUUAACCAUAAUGAAGAGAGUGACAUCCAGAGUACGAGUAAGAUGUGUAAUCAAGUUUGUGAUUACUGCACAUUGUUGACCCCAGAGGAGGUUAUAAAUGAAAAUCCCACAUUAUCCUUUGCCAUCUAUGCUGCCAUAUAUACCAUAGCUCAUGCUUUACAUAAGGUUCUGCGGUGCGACAUGAAUGAAUGCCGCAAAAACACAGCGGUUAAGCCAUACAUGCUUCUGGGAGAAAUAAAGAAGUUGGAUUUUCCACUCAAUGGCCGUCAGGUGAAAUAUGAUGAUAAUUAUGAUUCAACCAUCAGUUAUGCAGUUGUGCUCUGGCAAACUGAUGUAAACCCUCCACAGUUUGAGAUGGUGGGCACGUAUGAUACAUAUCCAGAAGUGACUUUUACCAUCAACAACUCUCUCCUGCCCUGGCAUAACAAUGGUUCUGUUCCUUUCUCAAACUGCUCUGCUGAGUGUAAGGAGGGAUUUUCAAGGCAACCUGAAAGUUUUCAUAGUUGCUGUUUUACAUGUAAAAAAUGCCCGCGUAACAGCUAUGUGGAUCAUUCUCGUAAGUACGGAAGUGGUCAUUCACACCUUGAUAUUUAA